AUGUCGCUGCUGACAGAGUACGAGGGGUGGAAGGAAUCGCCGGACGUCGAGUCGCUGCUGCCGUCCACGUCGCAGCCAUCGGAGUCGCAGCCGCCGACAUCCCAACCCUCUGUACCGUCCCUUACCACUCCGCCUUCAGCGACCGACUCCGUUCAACUGCCGUCCCCUCGCCGGCCACACCCACACCCGCCGGGCGCUGCCGCCAUUCCGUCCGCCUCUACACCGGCAACCGCAAGGCUUCCGCGAGGGGAGAGCGAUCGCGGGCCGCGGUCGAAUGAGGGGGAGGCGGCGGAAGCGCAACGCCAGGCGGCGGAGCAACGCCUUCCGCCGUCCGUCAGCACCGGCGGCAAAGCGAAGCAACGCAGCGGGCCCUUGAACCGGGUAACGUCCGCGCUGCGUCCCAUGUCCGCCAUGUACCCCCGGCGCAAGCCGCUAGGCGCGGGAGUGCGCUUCGACGACGAUCGCGACGUCCCCUCGCCGAGAGCCGACGGCAGCAACAGCUUACCAAGGGCGAGCGCCGCCGUCGACGCACAGCCUGACGACGGGGGGGCGCUGACGGGCGGGCAGAAGAAACCGGGGGAGGAAGGCGGAGUGCAAGGCGAGGGCGGUGUGGGGAAGGUGGGGUCGGGGCGGAGCAAGUGGCAGAUGGUGCGGCGGUCGCUGAAAGACAUCAAGGAAGUGGAGCGCGAACUCAAGGACAUGGCGGACACCGCGCGCGGAGGGGCGGCGGCGGACGACGAGGGCGCGAGUGAGGGCGCGGACGACGACGACCUGGAGCGGCUCGCCAAGGACCUCGAAGCGCUGCGCGCCGAGCGCAAGGCGCGGCAGCAGCAGCAGAAGCAGCAGCGCGCGACGAACCCGAUAGGCAGCGCGGGCGGACCGCCGCAGUCGGCGGUGCACGUGGACAUGCCGGGCGGCGUGCGGCAGCGCAAGAUGGUGCGGCAGAGUGUGAUCAUGUGCAUGGACCCCAUGUGCAACCGCUGCCCGCCCGAGAUGCACCUCCACAUGCGCAAAAUGAUGGCCGCCGCCGCGCCCGGCGCGAGCGCGGCGGUGACGCCAGUGGCGAAGGACUACUCGGCGAUGGACUGGAUGCUGGACGACGAUGGCGACGAGGAUGGCGACGGCGAGGAGGAGCUGCUCGUCACACUGCGCUGCUGCGGCCUCCGAUUCACCUACCGGCGGCGGCGCUUCCUGCUGCGGCGGUUCGUGGCGGAGCUGUGGCCGCCGCCGCUGCUGCAUCCGCACAGCUACUACGUGAAGCUGUGGGUCAAGCUGCAGUUCGGCAUGAUGCUCGCCGCCUUCCUGCUCGACCCCUUCUUCCUCCUCGUCCUCUCCGUCUCCCAGGAGAACGUGUGUGUGUACACGAGGUGGACCUUCGCCUACUGUCUCGUCGGCAUUCGCACCUUCCUUGACUUCCUCACGCUUCUCAACAUACUCGUGCAUACGCGCAUGAUGUUCAACGCGACGCACGACCAUGUGAAGGAGGGCAACAUACGCAACUCCAGUGGCGAGCCCGUGAAGCUGGGCGACCUGGUGGUGGACGGCCGCGCCAUCCUCAUCAACUACCUCCGCACGCUCUUCCUCGCCGACCUCCUCGCCCUCAUCCCCCUCCCCCAGAUAAUAACGGUGGCGGUGCUGCCGCUCUCGCCGGACGUGAACGUGUCGCAGACGUGGCAGGUGGCGGUGCGCAUCAGCGUGCUGCUGCAGUUCGUGCCGCGCCUGGCGCGCAUGUACCCCAUGCUGUCGGGGCAGGGCAGCCACUCCGUGCUCUUUGAGACGGCCUGGGCGUCCUUCCUGCUCAACCUCAUCGCCUUCUUCAUGGGCUCCAACGUCGUCGGCACGCUCUGGUACCUCCUCACCAUGCAGCGCACCGCCACCUGCCUCGUCAACUCCUGCCUGCCCGACUCCUCGCCGCCCUGCAACCAGAACUUCCUCAGCUGCCCGGUGGGCAGUACACCGGGGUACAGCGAGUGGCUGGCGGGCAGCAGCGGCAUGUACGACACGUGUCUGAGCAGCAGCGGCAUCAGCAGCGACUUCUACGGCAUAUAUGACACGGGCGUGCGUGUGGUGCAGCUCGGCUCCUUCUUCUCCACCUGGCUCUACUCCCUCAUGUGGGGCUUCCAGCAAAUCAGUACGCUAGCGGGCAACCUUGUCCCCACCACGGAGGUGGGCGAGGUGGUCUUCAUGCUCAUCAUCGUCGCGCUCGGGCUCUUCUUGUUCGCCUUCCUCAUCGGCAACAUGCAGAACUUCCUGCAGUCCCUCAGCCGCCGGUCGUUUGAGCACCGGCUGCACCUGAGGGACUUGGAGCAGUGGAUGUCGCAGCGAGACAUUCCCCGCGAGCUGCAGAGGCGGGUGCGGGAGCUGGAGCGGUACGUGUGGACGGUGAACCAGGGCGUGGACGAGGAGGAGGUCAUGACGUCACUCUCCGAGGACAUCCAGAGGGACGUGCGCCGCCACCUCUCCUACGAGCUCAUCACCAAGCACUGUGUGCUGCUGAAGGGCAUGCCGGAGCAGGUGCUGGACGCCAUCUGCGAGCGCCUGAAGCAGCGCCUCUACAUCGACGGCACGGUGGUGCUGCGCGAGGGCUCGCCCGUGUCGCGCAUGUUCUUCGUGCUGCGCGGCACGCUGCAGAGCUCCACCACCAACCGCGGCCGCACGGGGUUCUACGAGGAGGUGCUGCUGGGGAAGGGCGACUUCGUGGGCGAGGAGCUGCUCGUCUACUUCAUCGAGAAGUACGCCGAGGUCUCCAAGAAACAAAGCUCCCGCCGCUCCCUCCGCCGCGAUGUGAAGGUGGGGUCGGCGGUGAUGCCGGAAAUGCUGCCCAAGUCGGAGCGCACCUUCUGCUGCAUCGGCCCCGUGGAGGGCUUCUCACUGGAGGCGGCCGACAUUGACUUCGUGUGCACUCAGUUCUUCACCGUCAUGCAGUCCGACCAAGUGCAGCACGCCCUCAACCUCACUCCGUCUUGUUGUCUCCCCCACCCCGCUUCCCUCGCCCUUGUGUGUCUCCCCCCUGGCAGCCUGUGCUCGUUGAACCGGCGCAUGCGGGCAGCCACCACCAUCCAGGUGUGGUACCGCUCGGUGCUGCGGCGCCGCCUCAAGCUGCCCAUCGACGUCAUGCGCCAGGCCAUCCGCACCAAGCGCAUCGGCAACCUCCUGCGCUCCCUGCGCGCCCAGGCCUCCAAUGAGGCCGGCUCCGGCACGCAUCCCCGCGGGGGGGACGGCUCGGUGGGAAAGGGCUCGGGCAGCGAGCACGGGUCGGCGGAGCACGGGCCUGGCAGGGGCAAGCAGGCGAGCCCGGACAAAAGGAGUGGCAGUGGCAAGGGGGGGCGCGGGGUGUUUGAGCCGAGGGAUAAGGACAAGGGGAGUGCGAAACGGGGCAAAGUGUAUCGCGCGCUGAGGUCGCUGGGAGGGGGAGGCAGGACAUCAGAGAGCCAUGGCAGCGAGGAGGAGGAGGAAGAAGGUGAGAAGAAAGAAGCCGGAGCUGCAGAAGCGGCAGGUGACGAGAAAGCACCGCUGUCCUUCUCCACGACUCCGCCGCCGCCCCUGCUGGCUCCGCGAGCGAGCUACGACCCGUUGGCGUUCGCGCGUGGCAUGCAGGCGCUGCACGGCACGGCGCUGGGCCGCCUCAUGCACACGGCGCCCGACAUCGUCGUCGACGGCAUUCCGCGCCGUCUGCUCACGCCGUCGCCUGGGAGCACCGCAGCGAAACUCGGGCUACUAGCGCCCUGCGUGGCGCAAGUGCUGCAGCAGUCCGUUCAGCCCACUACGGUUGCAGCGGCGCAAGCCGGAAACUACGCCACCUGGUCGUCCAUUUGCCCGAGCCCUCCGUCGCAGCUCCCUGUCGCAUCGCCCACGACGAGCAGCAGUCCAGUAGCUUGGGCGCCACCCUCAUCGCUGGUCGCGGCGUCGCAGGCUCCCCCGGGCAACAAAGGUGCUGCAGCAGCCGUCGCACAAACUCCCACUGCCGUCGCUCCCGCUUCCACGCUGCAUGCACCGUCGUCAGCCCAGGUGUUCCCCCCAGCGCACGGCUCCGCAGAGUGGCCCGGAAGCACGCCGGCGACGUGCCAGCCCACGACGCGCGUGUCGCUCAGCGCGUGCAGCGACGACGGCACAACGGGCAGCCCGCAGGUGUCGCACAUGCUUCCCCCGCUUCUACCGUUGUCGUCGGGGUGCUUAUCGCAACCCGCCAAGGAGCCCUGGCCUCUCGAGCGGAACCAAUCGGUGACCAGCAAACCCGCUAUCCAGCUCACCGCUCGCGGUACCAGCGGCGCUGCCGCAGCUCCCGCCGGCGCCCAGUGCUUUCCGUCUUCCGCCUCUCCCUCGUCCUUUCCGGAACAGGUUGCGGCCGUCCGACCUUCCCAUGAGAUGACAGCGCGCGUGAAUUGCGGCAACGGGGCCCCGCAAUCGCCUCUCCACACCUUCCUCACCUUAGCGCCUCCAUCUAAAGGAUCGCCCUCCACUCUCCCGACAAACCCAUCCUUUGCGGGGGCUGCACCGUCGCACGUGGCAAGUGUGGUGGAGGCACAAUCGCUGGCUGAUGAUGACUCGCUUGCUGUAGAGUCGCUGCUGCUAAUCCGUGCUCUGUGA